AGGUGGAGAGGGGGGGAAUAAGAAAGAGAGAGGAGGAAGGAGAGAAGGCAGGAAGAAGGCAAGGGACGAUACAACCAUGCUGUGCUGUAUGAGAAGAACCAAACAGGUUGAAAAAAAUGAUGAGGACCAAAAGAUCGAACAAGAUGGCAUCAAACCAGAAGAUAAAGCUCAUAAGGCCGCGACCAAAAUUCAGGCUAGCUUCCGUGGACACAUAACAAGGAAAAAGCUCAAAGGAGAGAAGAAGGGUGAUGCCCAAGCUGCUGAGGCUGAAGGGAAUGAGAAGGAUGAAGCCCCUGUUGCUGACGGUGUGGAGAAGAAGGAGGGAGAAGGUCCCACUCCCACUGACGGGGCCCCUGCCUCUGGCCCCAAGCCUGAGGAAACCGGCAAGGCAGGCGAAACUCCUUCCGAGGAGAAGAAGGGGGAGGGCACCCCUGAUGCUGCCACAGAGCAGGCAGCCCCCCAGGCUCCUGUCCCCUCAGAGGAGAAGGCCGGCUCUGCUGAGACAGAAAGUGCCACUAAAGCUUCCACUGACAACUCGCCGUCCUCCAAGGCCGAAGACGCCCCAGCCAAGGAGGAGCCUAAACAAGCCGACGUGCCUGCUGCUGUCACUGCUGCUGCUGCCGCCACCACCCCUGCUGCAGAGGAUGCUGCUGCCAAGGCAACAGCCCAGCCUCCAACGGAUGCUGUGGAGAGCAGCCAAGCCGAGGAGAAGAUAGAAGCUGUAGAUGAAACCAAACCUAAGGAAAGUGCCCGGCAGGAUGAGGGUAAAGGAGAAGAACGUGAGGCGGACCAAGAACAUGCCUGAACUUUAAGAAAUGGCUUUCCACGUCCCCACUCUCCCCUCUCCUGAACCCUGUCUCUCCCCAUCCCUCUUCUCAACUCCACUCUGAAGUUCCCCUUCCUGUCCUGCUCACGUCCGUGAGUCUGUCCUCUCCUACCCACUAGCCCUCUUUCUCUCUGUGUGGCAAACAUUUAAAAAAAAAAAAA